AUGUCGCUGUCGCUGUCACUGAAACCCAAGGGCCCAUUGCCUCCGGAGCAAAUGUUCUCGUUGCAAGUCGGAACCAAGCUGUUCCAAAUCUCGGGCUACUCGCUCAAUUCCGAUUCGCCGAACUUGUUCACCCAGUACUUCUCCGAAAACGACGCUUCGUCCACGCUGUUUAUCGACCGAUCCCCACAGGUGUUCAACUUGAUCGUCGACCAUCUGAGAGGCUACACUGUGAAUAUCCAGGACGAGACGCAAUUCACUUUUUGCUUCUUAGACGCGGUGUAUUUCAGAUUGCCCCGUCUCCAGGACCUGUUGAAAAACUCCGACUACUACUACGUCUGCGUGGGCGGCAGACACUUCAAACUGCCCAAGACGCUGGUUUCGCAGACCGGCAACUUCCCUAACUACUUUGAGAUGACCUGCAGCUCCUUGUUCGACGACGUGCAAGCCAUCUACCAGACCAUGAACCUCGCCAGACCUCCGCCCCAGUCUCCUCCCUAUGUUAACCGCUCCCCCGAGUUUUUCGCGGAUCUGAUCGGCAUUCUACGCGGCGGGGUGCUGGACCUGACGCCCGAACGACGCAAGUCCUUGAUUCAAGAAUGCCGAUACUACAGGUUUCUGCGACUAGAACAACAGCUGGUGCCAUGCCAAGUGAAGUGGAAUCCCAUCCUGCAAGUGGAGGAGAUUGUCAUUAAUUUGAGCGACAUUAAAGCCAAGUUUGUGUCACUGCCGCAGCCCGAGGUCAGCUCCCCUUCCGCGGACGAACCCACGGCCAAGAAACGCCGCUUGGCUGCGAAUUGUGACUGGGAAUCUGUCAAGUACAGACGGCCCUUCGUGGACGCCGAUAUCACAUUUGCCCGCGAGCUUAUUUUCCAGAUUGCCAACCUCGAGGCCACCUUGUUUUUCAUCAAGAAUUCCAAGACUAUUCAUGUUGCCAUCUCUGGUCAAACUCUAUCCAAGUUCAAGAUGGUAUUUCAAAGACUUUUGAAAGAACAUAAUAUUGAGAUAUCUACUUACAUGAAACGGGGGUCUAUCCUGGUGCUUCCAGCCUGUCUCUCACUGUGCUCACUACAAGUGAACUCCGUGCCUUGUCGGAACGUCAGCGCGAUGGUCGAAGAAUUGCAGUUGACUGAUCAGGUGCUUGAUUUCAACAAUCCGAGUAUUAUACCCCAGCUAGUACCCGGUCUUAAGCUGGAUCUGACCAAAUCGCUGUGGAAAUUGGGUGUUAGCGAGAAAAAGAUAAUGAUGAUAGCUGUGAAGGCGGACGCAGUUUCAGGGCUCAAAGAAUAUCACAAAACGUUGGAGUACAUAUGA